AUGUGAUUUGCAAAGUUAAUGAUUAGCCCCGCAGAUGUCUGAGCUACUUAAUUUCCCAGAGGCUGCAAGUAGUUCAUCUGCAGAGGAGGCUACAGAAAGCAGCAUGUCCCCUUUACUCCUUGGGGCUGGGCUGGUGGUUCUGCAUGUAGUGACAUCUGCUAGGAGCCAGAAGACAGAAACUUUAAGUGGCUCUGGGAACCAGCUGCUCUUCCAUGAGGCCGAUAGCCAUGACUUCGCCAUCAUGAUCCUUCCAAGGGGCACAGAAUGCUUUUGGCAGUUUGCCCACCAAAAUGGAUACUUCUUUUUCAACUAUGAGGUUCACCGGAUACUUGGGAUGUCACACGACCGGCACGUUACUGCCACAGCGCAUACUCCGCAGGGUUUCCUCAUAGAAACCUCCCAGGAUGUUUGGGGCCAGAUUAACUUCUCUACCCAAGAGACAGGUUACUAUCAGCUUUGUUUAAGAAAUCAUCAAAAUCACUUUAGUUCUCUGCAAGUCUACCUCAACUUUGGAGUCUUCUACGAGGGGCCUGAGAUAGACCACAGAAAGAAUCAAAGAAAACAGCUGAAUGAUACCCUAGACGCAAUUGAGGAGAGUACACGAAGGGUACAGACCAAUGUCUUUCAUAUGUGGCGAUUCUACAACUUUGCUCGGAUGAGGAAGAUGGCUGAUUUUUUCCUUCUUCUAUCAAACUAUAACUAUGUGAACUGGUGGUCAACAGCCCAGAGCCUUGUUAUUGUUCUUUCUGGGAUCUUGCAGCUAUAUUUCUUGAAGCGUCUCUUCAAUGUUCCAACAACAACUGACACAAAAAAGCCAAGAUGCUAA